AUGAGUACAAGUUGAAUGUAUGGCCAGCAAUUUUUUGUAUGCGUCGUUGAUGCAUUAAUUGUUGUUGAAUUUGAUCGUUUUUUUUUCUUGUGAUUUGUUCUGAUUGAUUAUCGUUUGUGUGUGUGUGUGUGCGUCUGUGAUUAUUGACGAUGGCAUGAUCAUCAUCAUUCAAUUAAUGAUUGCGAUUUUUUUAUUAUUUGUAAAUAAACUUGUUCGAAAUGUUACCAGAAUAAUUCGAAUCUCAUCGUAUUCGUAUAUUCAAAUUCCAAAAAAGUGGUAAAUUCAAAUCAUCAAAAACAUGAGUUCAUUUGUAUUCAUUAAUCAACAUGAAAUUGAAUUCAACGAUAAUGAUGCACAACAACAAUCACAGACAAUAACAAUUUUUAAUCCAUAUGAUUUUACCAUUACAUUUAAUUUCAAAUCAACCCGUCCAAAUGCAUUUAUAUUAUCAGCAACACAUGGAGAUAUUUUAUCACGACAUUCUUUAGAUGUAUUAAUCAAUCUAUUGGACAAGACAAUUGUAGAGGAAAAAUUUCUGAUUAAAAUCUAUUCAAAGGAUAAAAAACUUGGUGAAAAAAUUGUUCGUGUAAUGUAUAGACCUGAUGAUCAACAAUCAAUGUCGUCGACAACAAAGACAACAAGACGAUUGAAUGUUUCAUCAUCAAAAGAUCAUGAUUAUUUUCAUGAUUUAUCAGACCAGCCAAAUAGAUCACAACAAUAUGAUGAUCGAACAGCUACACAGCGUACCCGACACAAUAGUGGACAAAAAUUACCGAAUCAAUAUCUAAUAUGGACUGCAUUGAUCAUAUGUUUGAUAAUUCUAAUGUUACCACAUGAUGAUGAGUCCAAUUAUAGCUAUCUACAAAUUGGCGUCAAUGUUAAAAUCUGUUCUGCAUAUAUUCUGGGUCUGGUAACCGUGUUAUUGAUUCGUAAUUGACCACUUGACCACCAAGAAAAAAAAACUUGUGACAUUAUUCUGUGUAAUAUUAAUAUGUACAAAAAUAAUAAAUAAAACAAAACAAUAUAUUAA